AUGCCUGGCUUACGGAAACAAGUAUUUCUGGGGACAUUCAUCUCCUCCAAGAGCCGCCAGGAACUGGAGUACCUCCAUGACGCAGCCGUCUGCGUUGACAGCGAUGGGAAGAUUGUAAAGAUCGAUAAGGAUUGCGCGAACGCGGAGCUCAUCGAUGAUCGGUUGUUAGGGAAGCUAGGCUGGGAGAGAAGCGAUGUGGACGUCCAUGUGGCCAAACCGGGGCAGUUCUUCUUUCCAGGCUUUAUCGAUUCACACGUGCAUGCGCCUCAGUAUCCCAACGUCGGUAUCUUUGGCAAGAAAUCGCUCCUGGACUGGUUAGAGAAGUACACCUUUCCGCUGGAGUCGAGCCUGAAAGAUCUGGCCAAGGCACGCCGGGCGUACACCGCCUGCAUCCGACGUACCCUCUCUCAUGGCACCACGACGGCAGCCUACUACGCAACGAUUGAUGUGGAGGCAACAAACCUCCUGGCAGACCUCUGCCUGUCUUUGGGGCAACGUGCGUUUGUCGGGCGGGUGUGCAUGGACAACCCGGAUAUAUGUCUUGAGUACUACCGUGACGAGGGCGCCGCGGCCAGCCUGGAGAAGACACUGCAGACCAUCCAGCAUGUUCGAGAUAUUGACCCUAGUUUUGAGUUGGUAUCUCCAAUCUUGACACCGCGGUUUGCACCGUCCUGUACUAGCGAGUCCAUGAGAGGCCUGGCCAAGAUCCAGCGAGAUAUGGACCUACCGGUUCAAACCCACGUCUCAGAGAACAAAGGGGAGAUUGCGCUGGUGGCAAGCAUGUUCCCGGAAUCAAGCUCGUACACGGCUGUAUACGACGACCAUGGUCUGCUGACGCCACGGACGAUCCUGGCGCAUGCGGUUCACCUAAGCGAGGACGAAGCAAAGCUCAUCGCCGAGAGACAAUCCAAGGUAGCUCACUGCCCGUGCAGCAACAGCGCGUUGACGAGCGGUACGGCGCGAGUGCGAUGGAUGUGGGACCGGGACAUUACGGUAGGCCUCGGGACGGAUAUGGGCGCCGGAUACAGCCCCUCGAUCCUGGAGGCAGCUCGGCAGGCAGCACUGGUGAGCCGGCACCUGGCAAUGGGAAUCGACGAAGCGGAUCCCGAACACGAACGGAGCAAGUUGACCAUCGAGGAGGCGCUGUACCUGGGAACCCGGGGUGGAGCGGCGGUGGUGGGCCUGGAGACCCGGGUGGGCGGCUUUAAGGAGGGGAUGGAGUGGGAUACGCAACUGAUUGGACUAGGCGAUGUGAACGAAGAGGGUUUCGCCGCCGAUGCCGAUAUCGAUGGAGGGAAUGUGGACAUGUUUGGGUGGGAGACUUGGGAGGAGAGGAUAGCCAAGUGGGUGUAUAAUGGGGAUGACCGAAACACCAAGAAGGUUUGGGUUAAGGGUCGGCUUGUGCAUGCAAGACAAUGA